GGGCCCAGCCCUGGCCCAGCCCGGCCCUGAGCCCGUCUGUCCAGCCCCGACCGCAGCGGGCGGGCCGGGUGCCCACCGCAACUCCCAGAAUGCCGGCUCGGCGUGCCUGGGGAGGGACGGGGCUGCCCCCCCUUCCUGGCCGCCCCGCCCCGCUUCCUGGAAGCCGGCGUGGGAGGGGCACCUUUCGGCUCCUGUAGUUGGCGGCAGGAGGGAGCCCCCGCCCGUGGCCUGGAAGGAGCGUCCCGGCCCCCCUCAGGGUCCCUCUGCGCCCCCAGCCUCCUCUUCCCCCUCCCUCGGGGCCAUGGCAGCUCCAGGGGCCGUGAUCCUCAACCCUGACGUGGCCCAGAAGGACCCUCGGGAAGCGCUGGUCGUGGCCGUCACUGCCAGAGCCACCUUCGACCUGGAGGCGGAGCACCGGCUGUUCCUGGCCCGGGGCCCGGAGGAGUACACCGAGUACCAGCGGGCGCACGCCACCGAGCCGCUGCCCCCGGGCACGGCCUUCCCCUUCAUCCAGGCGGUGCAACUGGUCAAUCAGAGGCUACUGGAGCGAGACCCGCGGGAGCGAGGUCUCCUGGACGUCAUGGUCCUCUCCAACAACAGCCCGGAGGCCGGCAGGCGGAUCGUCCACUGCGCCAGGCAGGCGGGCCUGGAGAUCUCCAAGUUCUGCUUCGUCAGCGCCGAGGACUCCACCCAGUACCUCCGGGAGCACAACGUGGGGCUCUUUCUGUCCACAGACAGGACCGACGUCUGCAACGCCCUGAAGCGGGGUGAGCCCUUCCCCCACCCCCACCCCCAGGUCUGCCCGCUCCCGGAGGCUCCUGGGAGGGCCCCCCCCUCCGUGCCUUCCUUCCUGUGGCAGGAAACCUCCGCGGGCCCCGGGGGGGGGGGGGGGGGGCCGGGGGGGGGGGGGGGGGAGGAGGGGGCGCAGACCGGGGCCCCAAGGCGGGCGUCAGUGGGGAUCUUGGGCUCCAAAUCCAGGGCUUUCCCCCGCCUCAUGGCAACGUGCACUUAUUAAGCGCCUCCUGUGUGCGG